AUGACUGAAUACCUAACCCCACAAAUAUUGUCUGCUGAGCGUAUGGAAAUGGCACAAUGCCUUUACUUUGUACCAAGUCAAGUGAAACCAAAUAUCGUUGAGGAUCCAGAAGAUGGUGUAAUGGAAGGAUGUGUUGAAGAUUCAUAUGAUGCUAAGCAAAUUCUGUUGAAGUCAAUGAUUGCUGAAGUUGGUGAAGAAAACAUUCAAGAAGUAUGGAAGAUUACCGAUAUGCGACCUGAAAACAAAAAGCAUAUAUAUUUCGUGGUGAUAAUCGAUUCCAUUUCUUACCUUUGUUCAUGCAUGUCUAAUAUAUCCCGCAGCAUUAUAUAUCGCCACUACUUUCGAAUAAUGAUGACUUCACAAGUUGCAGGAUUUCAAAUCCAAAUGAUACCUUCGAGGUGGUAUAUCGAUAAUCAGAAAGAUAAGGACGCAGCAGCAGAAACUUGUUGUUUUGUAAACACAGAAGCUGCUCAAAAUUUUUCGGGUGUAGUAUUCACUCCAAAUCCUUCUACUGUUCCUACAACCGUUACUAAUGCUUUACGUUGUGCAGCAAAGAAAAAGGUCAAAUAUGGAGAAGUAUGGGGACUUGCGCGACAGGCAGCUCAACUUUCUGUUGAACUUGACAGUCAUAAUGAAAUGGUUGGUUGGUUAAAACAGUUUAUUAUUCGACACAAGGAAAUAAUAAUCACGCGAAACCAAGAACUUAUGGAACGUUCUGAAGUCCAAGUUGAUGAUAAUAAAGAAAAUGAACUUCAACAAGUUGAAAAUCCAUUAGUUUCGCGGCGUAAAGGACGCCCAGGAACAAAGAGGUUUAAAUCAUCAACCGAAAAAAAGUCUUGCGCAAAAUAUACCUGCAAAACGUGCGGUCAAGCAGGACAUAAUAGUGCGAGGUGUCAGAAUCGGUAA